AUGGGUGUCUUUCAAAAAUGGCUCUCUUUGCUUCUUCUUUUCUUGUGCAUUGUUUCUCAUUUGAGUGUAGUCGCUUUUGGGGAUGACAAACUUGAUAAAACUAGGUUUCGCAAUGACGAUGAUUAUUGUCGUUGGGGUAGACGAUGCGGUGGGCGCUUUGGUCGUGGACGUGGAGGUGGACUAGGAAGAGGCGGUGGCAUUGGUGGUGGAGCUGGAGGUGGGCUAGGAGGAGGUGGUGGAGCUGGAGGUGGGCUAGGAGGAGGUGGUGGAGCUGGAGGUGGACUAGGAGGAGGUGGUGGAGCUGGAGGUGGACUAGGAGGAGGUGGUGGAGCUGGUGGUGGUGGGGGAGGCGGUAUUGGAGGUGGUUCAGGUCACGGUGGAGGCUUUGGAGCUGGAGGUGGUGUAGGUGGUGGUGUAGGAGGCGGUGCUGGAGGAGGAGGUGGUGGUGGUGGUGGAGGAGGUGGUGGUGGUGGAAUUGGCGGGGGUUCAGGCCAUGGAGGAGGCUUUGGAGCAGGAGGUGGUGUAGGUGGUGGUCUUGGAGGUGGUCCUGGAGGAGGUGGAGGUGGAGGUGGAGGUCAUGGAGGAGGCUUUGGAGCUGGAGGUGGUGUAGGUGGAGGUAUCGGGGGUGGUGCUGGAGGAGGAGGCGGUGGAGGUGGAGGUGGAGGAGGAGGAGGAGGUGGUGUAGGUGGAGGAUCAGGGCAUGGAGGUGGAUUUGGUGCUGGUGGUGGCUUAGGAGGAGGUGCAGGAGGUGGUCUUGGUGGUGGCCAUAGAGGCGGUGGAGGAAUUGGAGUUGGAAUUGGCAUUGGCAUAGGAAUUGGAGUAGGGGCUGGUGCUGGCCAGGGAACUGGCAGUGGUACUGGGAGCGGCAGUGGAGGUGGUGGAAAACAUUAA